AUGACUUCGUCCAGCGCCCUCAGCCUCGACGGCCAUCACGAUGCCAAUCCCGACGCCCAAGCCGCAGCUUCCACGACUCCAGCGCCUUCGCUAGCUGCUGCCACGGAGCGACUGCCCGACGACCCAAAGCCCGAGGCUACUUCGCCGCUGUCCAGAGCCGUGCAAGAGCCGGCGCAAGAGCCUACACGGGAUCCCGAGCUUAAGCCCGGAUCCACGAUGGAAGCCUCAACCAGCGACAAGACGCCAUCAUCCGAUACAACGCCGGCAGCACCACCACCAGCUGCCGUACCUGUAGCAUCAACAUCGACGUCAUCAGCGCCCCCGACAAAUUCCGCUUCUGCUGCGCCCCUACAGCAGACGCCUUCAUCAGCAGAUAUUCCGGCAGCCUCAUCCUCUGCAGCCUCCAUCACAAACCGAGUGACGACUUCGCCGCAGCCGCCUCCAACGUUUGACGCUGGUGCCAAGACCGACAGCGGCAUGGAGCCACCCGUUACACCAACACCAAAUACCUCUGCAACCACUGGCUCUGGCGGGCCGAAAGAUAAAAUUUCUUCUCUGGGAAAUGGGAGUGAGGACGUUACAAUGGUGGAUGCUCCUGUUGCCAACGCGACUCCUACAGCUGCUGCUGAGGUACCGCCAUCUACAUCUACACCGCAGACUACUCCGGUGGCUACGACAGAGCAAUUACAGUCUUCAACGUCCUACACACAACAGGCCGCCACCAUAGACCAUCGCCAUGCAUACAUGAUGAUGGCUUUGGCCUCCAUGUCUGCAGCACCGCCCGCCAUGUCGCCGCCGCCUACCGUGACUCCCUCCCAGAUGACGCUGCCAAAUCUCAUGGGAGAAGGGUACUUUGGUACGGGCUCCGCUACUAACCUACGCCAGGCUGGCCCCGACAUGGGCCUCGAGUCCUUUGCUCGUGUAGAGUUCGCCGACAGCGUCUUUCAGAUGACCACCUACGCCGUCAUUAUCGGCCGUGACCAGCGAGCUCUGGAACAAGCCAGGCGCGAUGGGAAGCGUGCUGACGAGUAUCAACGGCGGGUCGAGGAGAAUGCCAGCAAGGGGCUUCCACCGCCAUCUCCAAUGGCUCAUGAUCGCCACAAGUUUAGUAAAUCGUAUGUCAGUGAGGAGGGUGGCAUGCUUGGCCCAGAAUCUGAUAGCGAAGAAAACGGCCGCCCGGCAAAGCGGCGCAAGACGAGCACGACAGGAUCGUCUCAACAAAACGAAACUGAAAACCCCCAGGACAACAUCAUAUCAAACCGUCAAUACGUCUCCCAUACCCCCGGAGCAGCAGCCGUCGACUUGGCCUCAUUGAGACCGUCCCCUUGGCAUGUUCCGUUUAUUGGUAUUCACUCUCCCGGCCCAAACAUCGCAAGCAAAACCAAAGCCAUAUCUCGAGAGCAUCUAAAAAUCGCCUACAAUCCAGACGAGGGCGUGUUUGAGGCAAUACCACUGCAUAAGAACGGAUUUUUCUGCGAGGAUGUGCAUUACAAGAGCGAAAAAGUUGUUUUGAAGUGCGGUGACCGCCUGCAGAUAAAAGAUGUUGGCUUUAGAUUCAUCAUCAACGGCGUGGAGAGAGGGCGAACCGGCGCAGAAGAGUAUCAGGAGGAAGACGCUAAAAAGAAACGGCAUGCUCAUGGCGGAAAGAGUAUGAGUUUCGACUUUGAGCAAUCACAUGGCAACGGCCAGAUUCAAGAUACAAGUGAUGAGUUGUCAGAUGUGGAUGUCAGCCCGGCAGAAUUGUCCGACUUUGGAGGGGACGAUGAGGAGGAGGGAGAGGAAGAGAGGGCUGAGGAGGAGGGAGAGGAGGAAGACGAGGAAGAGGGCGACGAGGACGAUGAAGAAGGGGACGCAGAUGUGCCUGAAGCAUCCAUUGAGGGCGAUUCUGAAAUCAAAGAUGAAGGAGAAGCUAAUAACGACCUCUCGAUGCCACAGAUACCGAGGAAGAGGGGCCCUGGCAGGCCACCCAAGAACGGUAUCAUGUCAAAGAGGGAGCAGCGCUUGCUCAAGAAGCAGCAACAAGAAAUGGCCAAGAAGACACUGCCUCAGGCGCCACCAGUUGAGCCGCCCAUUAAGCGCAAAGUCGGCCGACCAAGGAAACACCCAUUGCCCGAAGACGGAGUCGACCGCCCAGAGAAGCGCAAGUACAAGCCUCGGAAGCCGAAGAAUGAGGACGGCGCCGAAGGGUCUGAUGCGGAGAGACGGGCGAGAGAAAAGAAGGAGAAGAAGGCGCGGCCCAAAUCGCCCCCCUUGGAGCUCAAGAUUGAAGAUUACACAGAGGAGCAGCUCCAGAAACCUAACAAGAACUAUGGUGUUCUUAUUGAUGAAACAUUAACGGCGGCAGGCCCUGAUGGUCUCACAUUGAAGCAAAUCUACAAGAGAAUAUGCCAAAGAUACCCGUGGUUUUAUUUCCACACCGAGACAAAGGGUUGGGAGAGUAGCGUUCGCCAUAAUUUGAUUGGGAACGAAGCGUUUAAGAAGGACGAGAUGACGAAUCUGUGGUCUCGAGUACCUGGUGUUGAGUUAGAUGCUGGCAAGAAACGAAAGGCGACCUCUCCGGAUCGAGGACUGGCGGCUGCGCAGGCCUAUGGGCAUUAUUCGUAUCCUUACGCCGCACAACACAUGGCUCCUGGUGCGCAUCCUGGUUAUCCCCCCAGCCAAGCACAAGCUCCGGGAUAUCAAGCACCUGCGUAUGCAGCACAGCCGAGCCACGCGGCGCGCCCAGUGCAGUAUGGCGCGUCACAGUCACCCCCUGGACACCAACCAGUUCAGCCAGCCGUGGGCGCUCCGCCUCCAGCUCCGAUCCAGUUGCCAGGAUAUGGUCCUCCAGCAGCCCCGGCUCGCCCUCAGCUGGGUGUGCCUCAACCUGGAGCAUACAGCUCGCCGUAUGCCUCAAGACCUCCUCCUUUGGCAAGCCCGGCAGUUAAAGCUGAGGACGGUGGCGUUAGUGUGCCGGCCGCCGUCGCAACGCCUGGCCAGCAGCCACCCCGAGCAAUCGUUCCGGCGGCUACCGCUGAAUCGAAGGCGGCCGUUCCAGGUGCUGUACCGGCAUCUCAACAGACGACGGUGCAAGCUGCCGCCCACCCACCUCAAGCUCGACCACCAGCAGCACCUGCUCGGCCGAUCAUUGAGCCUCGCCUCCUCACCGCGGUUGUCGGCCUCAAGAAUGGUCUUGUGGAAAACCUCAAGAAAGCUGGCAACCCCAAGGCCGAGGCCAUCGUCAUGUCGGCUUUGAAUAGAUGCAUUGGACUCAAGAAAGAAGCCACUGAAAACGACAAGAUGGAAGCGAUCUGCAUUAAAGGAAUCCGUCAGGUCAUCGAUGGCUUCACCAAAGGUAAAAGCCCCACGCCCGGCAGCUCCACCGCGUUGCCGACAGAUACACCACCUGUUUUCGAGCCCAAAGUGUUGGCUGCGUUGAACGGUCUGAAGGAUGCUUCUGUCAAUGCAAUCAAGGCAGGUUUAGGUGAGGCCAAGGCCGAGGCUGUGACUCUGUCUGCUAUCGACCGUGUCAUUGGCCUUGCAGAUGCGAGCAUAAUGCCCAAAGCUGCAGAGGGCGAGCCGGUGAGCAAUUUUGAGGGGGUUGAGCAGCAUCUCAUGAAAUCGAUCCGGCAGCUGCUCCAAGGCAUGAACCAAAAACUGCAAGGUGAUUGA